AUGAAUAUCAACAAAUCUCAUGAUUCAGCGACGAUCGGUUACGGCCGACAUGUGGAUUUUGCGGCAUUCGAGGGUGGAAAUCUCACGGGACCGCCCGGGAGAGGCUCGUACUUGGAUGCAUGUGGAUUAUACGGACCCAUUGUUGAUAUGUGCCGGGAUAGCUCCCUAUCCUUCCCCAAUGGGCUUGAUUAUUCGCAGAAAAGUACAGGAUUUCACGAGAGAAAACCCCGCAAUCCAGGUGAUAUUAAUGACGCAACUAAUGGCGUCAGAACUCGGCCAAUUUGUGACACAUCGUCAGGAUACGAGGUCUUGAAACGGUCACGUGACGAAAAGACACCGGACAGCGGAAAGAAUGAUUCAAAACGGCCCAUCAACGAAACUGAAGAAUCCAAACAACUUGAAUCGCUUGCGUGUAAGCGAAAACAGAGACGAUAUCGGACUACUUUCACUAGCUACCAGCUCGACGAAUUGGAACGUGCUUUUCAACGGACGCAUUACCCUGACGUGUUCCUGCGCGAGGAAAUGGCUCUGAAAAUUGACCUGACAGAAGCAAGAGUUCAAGUGUGGUUUCAAAACCGACGAGCAAAAUGGAGAAAACAGCAGAAACAGAUAGACAGUCACGCUGCAAUCCAGCAAGUGCACAUGCAGUCACGUGGUCACACAUUUGUCGGAAACGAGGCUCAAUCCAACAUGUCACACUACCCCGGCAUGUCGCUGCCAUAUCUCCAAAGUAAUGGCUCUGGUGAUUGGUCUCAUUCAUUUGGAACACCUUUACACGGAGCGUUCAUCAACGAUAACGACAAAAGAACAUAGGCUACAAUUGAUAAUCCAAAACAAUAUACACUUGUUGAAUUUCUGAAGCUUUUGUGUAUCAACAUAAAGAUACAUCUUGUUCGGUCUAACGCAUUAUAAAAAAUAGUUAAAGUUGUUCCUGACGGGUUUCUCCGAAACAUUUGUUAGGUUGAA